AUGCUUAUGAACGCCGGACCAACUAAUGUCAGCCCCAGGGUAAUGGACGCUAUUAAUCAGCCGCUCAUCCACUUUAUGGACCCCAAGUUCCUCGAAGUGCUGCGGGAAAUAUCUGCCGGAAUUCGCUACGUGUUUCAAACCCGUAAUCAAUACUCGAUGGCAUUGACGGGUUCGGGUAACUGUGCGAUGGAAGCGGCCAUUUGUAGUCUACUGGAAACGGGUCAUACAUUCCUCGUAUUAGUGCACGGAUUUUGGGGCGAAAGGGCGGCACUGAUCGGUCGAAAGCACGGCUAUAAUGUGGUUGAGUUGCGGGUCCAGCGACCGGGCCAUCUGUUUGGCUUCAAACGAAUUGAUGAGGCAAUCAAAGCACACAAACCGCGGCUCAUGUAUGUCUGUCACGGGGACUCCAGUGUGGGUACACUCCAGCCGUUGGAAAACUUGGCGAAUGUAUGCCAUGAAAACGGAUGUCUACUACUAGUGGAUGCCGUGAUAUCCCUGUGCUGUGCGCCACUCAAUGUGGAUCAACUGGUAAUCGAUGCCGUGUUCAGUGGUUCCCAGAAAGCCCUGUCAGUCCCUCCCGGCGUGUCUUUUAUAAGUCUGAGUCCCAGAGCUGUUGAACGCAUGAAAAGCCGUAAAACAGAAAUCGUUUCCUUAUAUUUGGAUCUCAUUUUACUGGCGAAGGCCUGGUGUCUGGACUCAGACAACCACUAUAAGUAUAAUAUGUAUAACUAUAAGUAUGUCUAUCACUACACACCAGCCGUUCAGCUCAUGUAUGGCUUAAGGGAAUCGCUGGCAAUGGUUGUUGAGGAGGGCCUACAGAAUGUGAUCGAAAGACACCAAAAGUGUAGUCUAUUUGUGCAAAAAGAGAUCACAUCUCUUGGCCUUCAAUUUUUAGUCCAAAAACCAGAGCACCGGUUGUCAGCACUACUGGCCCUUUGGAUUCCCGACCACAUCGACGGCCAGAAAGUUAUCAACGAUUUGUGCAACUCGUAUGGCAUUACAAUAAGUGGUGGUUUGGGAGCAAUAAGUCAUCAGAUCUGGAGAUUAGGCUUUCUUGGGGUCAAUGCUAACCCACAAAAUGUGAACACUUUAUGCAAAGCUUUUAGUGAAGCCAUUAAUAGACAGAAAAAUCGCGAAUAA